AGUCUGGAACGAUAUCAAGUAUUUAUGGGUCAGGAAGUUGCUGCCCAGAAUGAUCGAGAGCGAUUGGAGCUCUUCGCAAGUUUCAUGGUUCAAGAGUCAAGAUUACGAAGAGGACUUUACUCGGAAGCCUUCAACACUAUGGCUGGAGACAUCAUGGAGUUGACGCGUGAUAUGUGGCGGCCGUUGCCUGUCACAGCUGAGCAUGAUACUACUAGAUUCAUGAGUCGAAACGCGAGUCCAGAAAGUGCAAAUAUCAUGAUCGAAAUGGAUGGCAGCUUCAACACAUCUAUGGCUUCUACUGCGGAACUCACGCCAGCUACUGAUACAGAGUCGCUGGCCGACGAGAGCCAGGAUGGUGAGGACAAAAAACCUCCUAAUCCAUGGGGCGACAAAUUUAAGCCGUGCCUUUCGCCAAUUCCUAGCAUGGCUGUCAGUACUGUGCCGGAUGAAGAAAGCUCUAGAGGGAGAUCGGCCAGCCGAUGGUGGGAAGAUAGCGUGGAUGGCUCGUUUGGUAACGGAGGUAGAAGACUCGAGCGAACCAAGCGAGAGACAAAGUACAUGAGUCUGCAUCCUCAGGAGUUGAUUAUUGCUGCACAGCCUUCACCCAAUCAGAGCACACCGACACCUGGUACCAGCAAGCAGACCUUCCAGUAUGGACCUGACGAAUACCCUCAAGAGAAGUUUGGGUGGCAUGAAGAGGAUGAUUUGUACACUCCUUCGAAUCCGCCCUCGGCAACUGUACUCUCGCCUCGCAACAAAGCACCUGUUGGUCGUCCAACAGGCAGAUCAGCUCUGGAUGUUACAAGACUUAUCACACUCCCUCCACCAUAUCCGCGCCACUAUCCGGCUGUCAAUAACAGCCAUCCUGCAUUGAGCACACUCAGGGCGAACCAUCGUGCCGUAGCAGACCUCUCGAGCAUUCGCGAACUUAUCCAAGCUCACGAAGCCAUCGAAAUCAGCCGCCGCCAGUCAUGGCGAACGUCAGCCGGAGAACGACUUCGUCACUUCCGCUCGCAGACACAAGCGUCCAUCAAUUCAGGAAAGAUAUCGUACAAUGAUGUCAGUCAACUUGAGCUCACUUUUCGUCAGGCCGAGGCCGCGAAUGCACUGCGUCAGGCCGAAACACAGUGUCAAGACUUCCGGCAGCGAGUUCAUGCGCCCGUGUGUCAAAUGCUUAUAGAGCAUGCACGAAGUUGUGACGACUAUAUCGAUCAACUCACAAAGGCACUCGACGCAGAGGCUGAAUGCGACCAAAACUUGCUAGCUCAGACUGAGGGAGAUGAGAGGCCUGAGCUUGUUGAGCAGCUCACGCUUCUGAAGUGGUUGUUUGAGAGCAGGGAGCAUGUUCACAAGGAACGAUUCGAUGUUGACACUGCCCUCCUCGCGAGAGAAUCUGCGUCUGUCUUGACAAACUAUCGGCAGAACGCGAGCGAAGUACAAUUGCGCCAGGCCGAAGGCUACUUCGAAGGUGACCGCCAGAGACGACAACUUCGUAAUGCACAAGAAACGAAUGAAAGAUACGACCACUUACGCAAGACCGUGGAGAGACACAUCUCGAGAGGAGUUGAAAUCCAGCUGUCUGCGUUUUGGGACAUCGCACCAGGUCUGGUCGAAGUUGUGCACAAAGUGCCCGACAACCUGGACGGAUUUGAGAUUGUAGUGCCUCCUAACGAGCUCGCGGAGAACAUGUCCUAUCACGAGUUCCCUCUGCAAUACGUGUAUACCAUUCUGGUACAUGCCAAGAAAUCAGCAUAUCAGUUCAUCGAGGCGCAGACAAACUUGCUUUGUCUCUUGCACGAGAUACAUAAUGCGACCGAAGCGGCUGCUCUACGAUUGCAAGAGAUUGAGCGCACUGCAGCAGGUGAAAGUGCGAGUCAGGUACAGGCAGAAAUGGCGCAUUUCAAGAAGCAGAAGGAACAGGAAUUGACUGGAGACUUGCAAGGCAAGGUGCACGAGGUGGAAGGUCAGUGGAGAGAGGCUUUGGGAGCAUCGAUUGAAGAUUGUAUUGGAAGAGUCAGAACAUGGCUGGAACACAGUGGCGGCUGGGAGGAGAGUCUGGAAAUCUAA